UCUUAUUAGGAUCUGUUAUGAUGUAACAAUACCUGUACAUUGUACUUUAUUGUUAAACAAUCUCCUACGCUAUUAGAGGCUAACGAACUGACCCACGGAAUAGCUGAUAAAAGCGAAAAUGAGUUUGAGAAAGCAGACCCCGAGUGACUUUCUGAAGCAGAUAAUUGGGAGACCUGUCGUGGUCAAACUGAACUCUGGUGUUGAUUACAGAGGUGUUUUGGCCUGUCUGGAUGGUUACAUGAACAUCGCAAUAGAGCAGACGGAGGAGUAUGUCAAUGGACAACUCAAAAACAAGUAUGGAGAUGCCUUUUUGAGAGGAAAUAAUGUUUUGUACAUCAGCACCCAGAAGAGGAAGGCGUAGAUCUGAGUGAUGUUUCAGAAGACAACUGUUUGUUUUUUUAGUUAUGUAAAAGUUUUGUUAAGAAAAAAAUGAAGUUGAACAAUAAAUCUUGAUUUUCAUUCAAGUUUUCUUUGUUGCCUUGAUGUUGAAAAUAAAAAUUCCGUUGGUUGAAUUGUU